AUGCAUAUCCCUCCAGGAUCCCAGCAUGCGGCAGGGUUGGGCAACAGUGAAACGCCAAUACGCCCUGUCCAUUGCGAUCCAGAACAGAAAGCCAAGACUAACCGGCAAGCGACGGGUAUAGCUCAUGUGGACUCUAAGUGGCGACCGUCAUAUCAUCUUGCUGCGCCCCGGGGGUGGAUGAAUGACCCCUGUGGGCUUGGAUAUGACCCGGCGACUGGACUGUACCAUCUUUCCUUCCAAUGGAACCCGCACGGGAACGACUGGGGCAACAUCUCCUGGGGCCAUGCCAUUUCCAACGAUCUAGUGUCCUGGAAAAUAUUCCCUGAACCAUGUCUCACGCCGUCUGCGGAGUAUGAUCGAUGCGGCGUAUUCACUGGCUGCUUCCGUCCUCACGGUCCGGAUGGCAAGCCGGGUGUACUUACGUAUGUAUACACGUCCGUAAAUCAUCUUCCACUCCACUAUACUCUGCCGUAUGUCAAGGGCAGUGAAUCGCUAAGUAUAGCAGUCUCCCAUGACCAUGGCAGGACAUGGCAACGAUUCGACAGCAACCCGAUUCUCCCCGGCGCCCCUGCAGAACUCGAGGUGACAGGCUGGAGAGACCCUUAUCUGAACUGCUGGCCCUCGUUGCGGGCCCAGCGACAAGAUGGACUGGCCUCCCCGAACUUGUAUGGAUUUAUCUCCGGAGGUAUCGCUAAAGAGUCCCCAACAGUAUUUGUAUACGUUGUCAAUCCCGACAAUCUGGCGGAAUGGACAUACCUCGGGCCUUUACUUCACGUUGGCUUGAAUUUUCGACCCUCUCGGUGGUCGGGAGAUCUGGGCGUCAACUGGGAAGUUGCCAACUGUUUUACGUUGACUGAUGACGGCGUCUCCCGAGAUUUCGUGAUCUUCGGCGCAGAGGGACGCUUGUCUUCCGAGGAUGGAUCAAAGAGAGUACCGCGCUCCCUGCUCUGGAUGUGUAUUAAUGCCCGACCUAGACUGCAGGCGCAGAGCAUUUUCGAGCCUCUCGCAGAAUAUUCGUUCUCCGGGAUCUUCGAUCACGGGUGCUCCUACGCCGCAAACUCUUUCUGGGAUCCGGUCACAGAGCAGUACGUCGUAUACUGCUGGAUCACGGAAGAGGAUUUACCGGAUCGUCUGCGCCAUCGACAAGGCUGGAGUGGCGUCAUGUCUCUACCGCGACGAGUAAGGCUGGUGACUCUUGACAAUGUCAAGCGAGCCCACCAGUCGAAGCUGGAAUCCAUUACGUCUAUCGAAACAGAGCGCCAUUCGCAAAGUACACGGGUUCGAACAUUGAGUAUCCGGCCGGACCCCAGGCUCGGCAUACUUCGAACAUCAGCACGAGAGUUGCAUUUAUCCAAGGUACAUCUGGGCUUUUUGGCCAAUCAGCCCCCUGCAUUCUUGCCCUUGGGCACUGCUAGGUGGGAAUUGAACGCGACCUUUAUGGUUGGGAAGCACUGCGCGGCAGUAGGGUUGGAAAUCGGCCACAGCCCUGAUUUCCACCAACGCACUAUCCUAUCAUGGAAACCAUACGACGAGACGUUCACGAUCGAAAGGCCUUCGCCUCACGAUGCCGGUAUCAAUCACGACCCCGAGACCGCUCCGCAUACUCUCUUCACCUUCUGCAACAAUGAGGGCGAGGAGGUGACGGAACCGCUUCACGUCCACGCUUAUUUCGAUGCAAGUGUGCUCGAAGUAUUCGUGAAUAGCAGAACGGUCAUCUCCACACGCAUCUAUACACCUCACUCGCAGGCUUGCACCGGGUUGAAAUUCUUCGCCUCGGCAAUCGAAAGCCAGCUGAAACCAUCAACAUCUGCUGCUGCUGUGCUGCUGAGGGCAGAUGUUUGGGAUGGACUGAGCGCGAUUCGUGAUGAAAUUAAGUAUUAG